AAAGCUGUCACUGUUGUUAAAAUGUUCCCUUUUCCCCAACCCUAAUCUCUCUGUCCCCGCACCAGUCCUCUCUCUCUCUCUCUCCAUGGAUUCGAAGGUUAGUUUCAGUAGGCUUGAGUGAAGGCAGAGUUUUCCAGGAGAGGAACAUGGGCAAGUACUUGAGAAAGGCUAAGAUUGCAGGCGACGUGGCGCUGAUGGAGGUGAUUUCGCAGUCUUCUAUCGGAGUUCGGACGAGAGCCAAGACACUUGCUCUGCAGCGCCUUCAAUCCGCCGCCGCACCGCCGCAGGCAAGCUCCGAUUCGUCUUACCUUCAGCUUAGGAGUCGGAGGCUUCCGAAGGCUCCGCUGGACCAGAGGAGACAAGCUAGGGAUUGUUGCGCGCAAAACCCUAACUCUCUACGACGGAGUGCAAACGCUUGCUCCCGGUCGGUCUCGAUUAAUGUGAAAGGGGAUAUCCGUGAACUUAUAGAGAGGGGAGGAGAAGGCAAUGGGACUCAAGGCAUUGAUGAUGUUGAGCCUUCUUUUGGGGAGAACUAUCUGGAGUUUGAAGGCAGAGAAAGGAGCACCAGGGAAAGCACACCUUGUAGUUUGAUAAGGGAGUCAGACGCCUCUGCCCCUGGCUCUACUUCAAGGCAAACGAUUUCAACUGCAGCAAAUAGAAGAACUCAAAAUCCCAUGCAAGGAAACGUACCUACGACACAAGAGAUAGAGGAGUUCUUCGCUUAUGCAGAACAGCAACAACAGCAGCAAAGGCUUUUUACUGAGAAGUAUAACUUCGAUAUCCGUCAUGAUUCGCCACUUCCAGGACGAUACAAAUGGGUGAGAGUAAAUCAGUAAUCAGGACUUUGUUUUGAGGUUCUUGGAGUUCUAAUCAGCUGGAUUAGUAGCAAUGGUUCAUUUCCACCGCCCAUCUUAUUCAAAUGUAAAAAGAAACCUGAGCUGUGAAAGACGUGUAAUCUAAUGAUCUGUAGGAUAACAGAGCUUAUGAAUUACACACUAACCAGGGGGUAGAUAAUUAGGAAGGAAAAGAAAAUACAAAUAUGGGUUUGGUUUUUUAGGCUCUUAAUGCUUCACCAAUGUAAUCUGGUAGGAACUCAUCAAAUUAUCAAAUGCUUUCUUGUCUUCUUUUACUAUUUGUA